AUGUCUUCAAUAAAUAUUUUAAUUAUUUUUAUUUAUUUAAUUUUUGUAUUAUUCCAAUUCAAUUCAUGUCAACAACAAUGUAGUAAACGUGAAGAAAAAUGCAAUGACAGUGAUAAGAAAUGUUGUUCUGGUCUAAAUUGUAAAAAUAAAAGAAUAAAAAAUGGAAUAUUUGUAUAUAAAUGCUCCUAUGGUGCUUGUGUUAACUUAGAUAAUCCCUGUGAUGACAAUGGACGAGGUUGCUGUUAUGGUCUUAAAUGUGACCCUCUUUCUUCUAAAUGUAAAAAAUGCUUAGUUAAUGGUUCGAAAAGUGAUUGGGCAGCUGACUGUUGCUCAGGAGAGCGUGAUGGCACAACAGGCAAAUGCUAUUCAGACCAAUGA